AAAUUUUUAAAAUAAAAUGCAAGAUCAACGUUUAAAAUGCAAAAGAAAAUUAGAUUUGGUUGAUGGCCAAAAUUCAAAUGACUCUAUAUGUUUUGGUACCUUUAUGCUACCAUCAUCAUGAGUAAAAACCUACAUGACAAGCAGGAAACUACGUUCAUUGUCCCUAGUAGAAGCUAUAUACUUUGGAGAUAAAGAAGUUCUAGCAGAAUGCAAGAAAUUGUAUGAUUCAUGGAAGAACGAUGGCACAUGGAUUGCUCCAAACCUCCGAGAGUCAGUGUACACUGCUGGUAUCAUAGGAGGAGGCUCAGAAGAAUGGCAGUAUCUGUUGGAUUAUUUACAGAAUUCCACCAUUCCUUCAGAAAAGUCUUUAUUAGUCGAUGUUCUUAGUGAAUCUCCAAAUACUGAGCAACUUAAACAGUUCUUGGAAUAUUCUCUGGAUUCUACCAAAAUUGACCCUCAGGAUAAAUAUAAGGUUAUAACAAGAGUUGCUAAUCGACCGAGUGGUCACCACUUGGCACGAAAUUUCCUGUUCCACAAUUGGAAAACAUUCUUUGGAAG